GCUGCUGACGCCACCUGACGUCCAACAAGCAGCACAACAAGGAAGUGGAGACUUCAAUCCGCCGGAGAGCUUCUAAGCAGAUGUAGACGCGGUAGCUCAGGAUGCCUGUUGAAAGCCCAGAGGAGAGGACGGUGGAGGUGCUGCAACUGCCUGAGGACGUAGAUGAGGAGCUGCUGAGUCUGUACUUUGAGAAUAAGCGGCGCUCAGGGGGAGGUCCACUUAUAUCUGUGGAGAAGAAUGGCAACCAUGCUGUGCUGGUGUUUGAAGAGGCAGAAGCUGCAGCCCGAGUGCUGUCUAAAGGCCACCAUGUUCUGCAUAACGUCGAGCUGAGCGUGCGAAAGCCUGCCACAAAGGACCGAUGCAGACUGCUGCUGCGUGGGAUCAACCCCAGCACCAUCACAGAGAUGAUAGAGCUGUAUGUGGAGAACAUGAUGGGGCUGAAUGAGAAUGACUACAUGCUGUAUCCCUCACCGGAGAGAGAUUUAAUCCUCAUUCAUCUCAGCCAACCUCUCUCAAAAGAUUUCCAAACUCUGAGCACAAAUAUCUCCAAGAAGAUGCUUGACAGAGCCAAGGUAUCUCUUGAACAGAUUGAGGAAACUGACUCGGUGUUGGUGGAGAACCUGCACCCUGACACCACUCCAGACCUACUCACUUUGUACUUUCAGAGUGAACGAGGUGGGAAUCAGAAAGUGAGGGAGGUCACCAUGCUAUCAGAGGGUACCGCAAAGGUGUCCUUUGCUACCUAUGAAUCUGUGAGCCCUGUCCUGGAUCGUGCACACAAGCUAGAAGGUGCUGACCUAGUAGUGAAGCCCUUCUUUGACUUUCUUCAAAAAAAUUCAACAUCACAAAACUCUGAUGCUGACAGCCAAGAUAUCACUGUGGGGACUUCUGAGGAUAUGAAUGAUGUUCAGAUGCAGACCAGUCCUCCUGUUGUUGCCAGUUCCAGCAGUCACUCCUCCUGUCAGACAAACAUGGAGCCACUUGUUGCACUUGAAACAGCAAAAGAGAUGGCAGACGAACUCAUGGAGGAUCAAAAUGCAGAUCCACUAUCUAGCCAUAUUGCUAUUACAGACCCAGUAAAACUUGCCUUGUUUCAACGCAGCGCCUUUCAGGAGGAUUUAAAGAAGGCCACCCCAAAUUUUACCAUUCAAGUUAAAGAUGACGGUGUGCACAUUGCAGGACAUGACAGACUACAGGUGCAGCAGCUGAAACAAACCAUUUUGGAAUUUUUUGGGAACAUAACAAAGACUCAUAUCACCCUAGAGCCAGAAGUUGCUCAGUUCCUUGCGAGAAAAGACGUAAAAAAGCAGCUCCUAGAAACCUUGAAUCAAACCGGUUCACCUACUGUGUACACCGUAACGAACUGUAAAGUUACGGUUAUAUCUAUAUCGCAAAACUCAGCCGACCAGGCAUGUAGCCUUUUAAAAUCACAAGUGUGUCACUUCAGCAUACCUGUGGACAUAGAAUACGAGUGCAUGCUGUAUUGCAGAGAGUGGUCUGAGUUCCUGGAGGCGCUGGAUUUCUGUUCUGCAAAGGUGUCAGAACGAGGACAGAAUAUUGAUGCUUUGACUCUGAAAGGGAUGGAGAAUGAGAAGCAGACUGCAAUCCUGGAGUUUCUGACGACGCCCAUUGAAAGGGAGACGGUCAUCUCUAUGGAGCCAGGCAUGCUGAAGUACAUUCAGAACCACUGUCAUCAGCUGUUGGCUGACAUGGAUCAAGUGUCUAUUUUUCCACUAGAGGGUGAAGAUGUGUGUGGUUUAAAGAUUCAUGGCCACGCCGUUGCUUGCCAAAUGGCAGAGGAGGUGCUGCAAGGUGUGGUCUCCUCUAUCUGCACCAGAACCAUCACAGUAAACGCUCCAGGAGUGGCCCGCUUUUUAGAUGACGAGGAGUGCAAAAGCAUUCUGAAAGAGAUGGAGACUAAGUUUCAGGUCUACAUCAGCACAAAGCAUGUCCUUUGGCAGCCCCUGUCCUACGAGGACUUUUUAGUAACUGGAUGGAAGAUGAUGUCCCACCACAACUUCCCGAGAGUGUCGAUGAAUGGCUCUGCACAACAGUUAAAAACAGAUUCCGUGCAAACUGAUCAUGAUGGAACUGCAGACAAAGGUCUGUUGGAGGAGGCAAAGAGAAUCGUCUCAGCUAUUGAUGAAGGAAUGGAGGAGGGUGUGUCCGCGUCAGACCAGGUCGAAGACAUGGACAAUGUUGACCUAUACAGCACAGAGGGACUAACUGACCAGGCCUCUGCUGUGACUGCUGUCAGUGCUUCUGAAUUGAAUGCUACAAGACCUCAGCCUAGUGAUGGUACUGCAGGCCUUUCUAGCAAUCUGGAAGAAGAGGCUCAACUGUCUUUAGCCAUCCAGUACUCUAUGGAAUCAAGCCAUUGGUCCCAGGAGAAUGAAGAGGAAGAGCUGAAAAAAGCGUUGGAGUUGUCCAAGAAAAUGAUCCAAAAUACAAGAUCAUCUAGUGAAACUGAGAAGAGCCCUCAGGUGAACCAGCUGCAGCAUAGCAGUAUGCACACUGCCUUUCGGAAAGCAGUCCAGGCAGCCAACACCGUCCAGAUAGAGGUGUUUGCUGGUUAUAGUUGUGACUUAAUUCGGGUGGACAUAGCUUUUGGAAAGAAGGUCAGCCAGAGACAGGCAGAGGAGAAAGUGGAGCACAGGACCUUAAGGAACCUGUCCACGUACCACAAGAAGUGUCUGGAGGUGAUCGAGAGGAAGCAUGCGGUCCAGGUUCAGAUUCAGGGUAGCAUAGUUACCAUUUCUGGAUUUAAGAUCUUUGUGUAUGGAGCCAUGUGCGACAUGAAGCUGCUGAUGGAGAAAAUCUCCAAUUCCAUCUCUGAUCAUGAAAUCCUGAAGACUGUCCAGUGGGUGCAGCACAAUCCAGCGUCCUCAGACACCAUUCCUUAUUGUGCCGAGGCUAUAGUAUUCAUUGAGAAUGCUUUUAGGAUGAAGCUGGAGAAGGUGGACAUAUUACUCGACAAUCAGCCCCACAUUAUCAACUUUGAAAAGAUGGAAGAAUACAACAUAGCUUCUGGGAAAUCGGUAAAAAUCUCCAGGAAGAUGCUUGAAUUGGAUGAACUGAAUGAAGAAUUGCCAGAAGAGGAAUACUCUCUGCUGUCCAACAUGCCCGAAGCAACAAAGGUCGACGAGGAAUCUGAUGAAUUUCAGAAUGUGGUGAAGAGGUUCUAUGAGACCAUACAGGAAUACCACAGCAAAAUCAGAAUCAUACAGGUGGAGAAGCUCAUGAACCGACUGCUGUACAACCAGUACAAGUUGAAGAAGGCCAGCGUGCUGCAGCGGGCCACGUACCCGGACAUCGAACGGACUCUCUACCAUGGCACAAGUGACACGAGCGUGAAGGAGAUCUGCAUUCAUGGAUUCAACAGAAGCUUCUGUGGAAAGAAUGCCACCGUCUACGGCCAAGGCGUGUAUUUUGCCGUCAACUCCGCUCUGUCCGUCCAGGAUCAGUAUUCACCCCCAAACGCAGACGGAUACAAGUAUAUUUUCGUGUCCAAGGUUCUGACAGGAGACUUCACCAAAGGCUGCCAUUCAAUGAAGACGGCCCCGCUGAAGGAGUCCAGUGACGUUCCCCUGAGAUACGACAGCGUCACCGACAACAUUACUAAGCCGUCGAUGUUCGUGAUCUUCAACGACACGCAAGCUUUCCCAGAAUAUCUCAUUACCUGUCAGAGAAUCCACCGCUGAGGGGAUGGAUUAGUCACAACAUCAUAAACCAAAUAUUUGGAGAAAGACUGCUUGUGUUUUCGGGUUUCUACCUUGAUUUAUAAAGGGCUAAAGCGUUAUCAUCAAUCAUAAUCAAACUUUCAUGAAGUACUUCUUUGUUUACUGUUUCUUCCGCUGAGUUCUUCACUUCAGCCGGUUUUCAUUUGGAAGCAAACCUAACAGCUGAUCCUAAAAACCCCACUUUAAUUGCGCAACUUUGGAGAUGCGCAAUACGGCCUUCACGGUCUUUCCAUCGGUGUGGCUCAGCAAUUAUCGCAUGAUUGUUUUGGCCAUUGUGGGUCUUGUUGGCAAUGCUUACACACAUAGCCGUGCUUAAACUUUCAAGCAUCCAAAUUGUGUUGUAUGUAUGAUUUAAAAGUCAACCACAAUAAAUCUGACGUAUGUAGUACUUGCAUUUCCUGAAUAAAUGUAAUUGUAUUGAUAUGAAUAUUACAGGUGAUUUUAAUUUGUAAUUCCGUACUUGGCUGACAGCGUUAAAGUCUGCUGUCGGACUGCCUUAACCAGUGGUACCAGUUAUGUUUGUGUACCAGCUGGAAAACAUGCAUUGGUUUGUGGUAGAAUUUGUGUAUAUUGUGAUUGCAUCGUAGUGCCUGUUUCAUUUUUUUUCAAAUGUUCUGAUAUCUAUGGCAACGCUUUUGAUUUGUUUAAAUCUGCGACUACUUAGCGGGAAUGUGUUGAUCAUAGAUCUUUGUUUUUCAUUUUGAUUUUUAUACAAAUUCUACAAAAAGCAAUGAUUUUGUAGCAUUACUCUUUGUCUUACUUGUUUUUUGUUUAUUUUGUUGUUGGUUUGUAAGAAAACGUGAAUUACUUGCAGCCUUAAGAGAGAUCAUGGUGUUUUAUUUACAAGAAAUAAAGCUUCAAAUGAGAAACCUUUAGACCUUCUUUGGAGACAAUGUAUGUAAGGCUCAUCACCUGUUUUUCUCUUGGCUUGUCCUUUGAGAAUAUGUAGGUUAUGUACAGAAUAUUCACUCGGGAAGCUGUAGAGUAGAAUUCUUGCUCGCAGCAAGUUGCAUAAAGAGGAUGAAAGUAAGUGGGGUUGCAGUUCUAAUGAUCAUACUGCUGUAAAUGUAAACGCUGCUGCUCUAGCAACAUUCAGACGUUCUGAACGCUGAAGCAAAAACCCUGCAUUGAAAUGGAGCUUUUAUUUUUGCAUCACGUUAUCAGGGUCAGCAGUAUAUUGCUUUAAAUAGCACAAACCCUUCAUUGAAUAGCUCUACAUUCUAAAUAAAGUUCUGUGUAACUGCA